UGUGGAGCAGCCAAGAUGGAGCCGGCAGCCGGCGGCCCCGGCCCGCUGAUCAUGAACAACAAGCAGCCCCAGCCGCCGCCGCCGCCGCCGCCGGCAGCCGCACAGCCUCCGCCCGGGGCGCCGCGGGCCGGCGGGGGCCUCCUGCCCGGGGGCAAAGCUCGAGAGUUCAACCGCAACCAGCGCAAAGACUCGGAGGGCUAUUCCGAGUCACCAGACCUCGAGUUUGAGUAUGCUGACACAGACAAGUGGGCUGCAGAGCUCUCUGAGCUUUACAGCUACACGGAAGGGCCAGAAUUCCUGAUGAAUCGAAAAUGCUUUGAGGAGGACUUCCGGAUCCAUGUGACAGACAAGAAGUGGACUGAGCUGGACACCAACCAUCACCGUACCCACGCCAUGAGGCUGCUGGAUGGCUUGGAAGUCACUGCCAGGGAGAAAAGGCUCAAGAUAGCGCGAGCAAUUCUCUACGUUGCCCAAGGCACCUUUGGGGAGUGUAGCUCCGAGGCAGAGGUGCAGUCCUGGAUGCGCUACAACGUCUUCCUGCUCCUGGAGGUGGGCACGUUCAAUGCUUUGGUGGAGCUUCUGAACAUGGAAAUAGACAACAGCGCUGCCUGCAGCAGUGCGGUGAGGAAGCCUGCCAUCUCCCUGGCCGACAGCACAGACCUGAGGGUCCUGCUCAACAUCAUGUACCUCAUCGUGGAGACUGUCCACCAGGAGUGUGAGGGUGAUAAGGCCGAGUGGCGGACCAUGCGGCAGACCUUCAGGGCUGAGCUGGGUUCUCCGCUGUAUAACAAUGAGCCAUUUGCCAUCAUGCUGUUUGGGAUGGUGACCAAAUUUUGCAGCGGCCAUGCCCCUCACUUCCCCAUGAAGAAAGUUCUCUUGCUUCUCUGGAAGACAGUGUUGUGCACACUGGGCGGCUUUGAGGAGCUGCAGAGCAUGAAGGCAGAGAAGCGCGCCAUCUUGGGCCUCCCUCCACUGCCUGAAGACAGCAUUAAAGUGAUCCGCAACAUGAGGGCUGCCUCUCCUCCAGCAUCCGCCUCAGACCUGAUUGAGCAGCAGCAGAAACGGGGCCGUCGGGAGCUCAAGGCUCUGAUAAAGCAGGACAACUUGGAUGCCUUCAAUGAGCGCGAUCCCUACAAAGCUGAUGACUCUCGAGAAGAGGAGGAGGAGAAUGACGAUGACAACAGUCUGGAGGGGGAGGCAUUCCCCCUUGAGCGGGACGAGGUGAUGCCUCCCCCACUGCAGCACCCCCAGACCGACAGGCUGACCUGCCCAAAGGGACUCCCGUGGGCUCCCAAGGUCAGAGAGAAAGACAUUGAGAUGUUCCUCGAGUCCAGCCGCAGCAAGUUCAUAGGCUACACUCUGGGCAGCGACACGAACACUGUGGUAGGCCUGCCCAGGCCAAUCCACGAAAGCAUCAAGACUCUGAAACAGCACAAGUACACAUCGAUUGCAGAGGUCCAGGCGCAGAUGGAAGAGGAGUACCUCCGCUCUCCUCUCUCGGGGGGAGAAGAGGAGGUUGAACAAGUCCCCGCAGAAACCCUCUACCAAGGUUUGCUCCCUAGCCUGCCACAGUACAUGAUCGCUCUGCUGAAGAUCCUGCUGGCUGCAGCUCCCACCUCAAAAGCCAAAACAGACUCAAUCAACAUCCUCGCGGAUGUCCUGCCCGAGGAGAUGCCCACUACGGUGUUGCAGAGCAUGAAGCUGGGCGUGGAUGUGAACCGCCACAAAGAGGUCAUUGUUAAGGCCAUUUCUGCUGUUCUGCUGCUGCUGCUCAAACACUUUAAGUUGAACCACGUCUACCAGUUUGAAUACAUGGCCCAGCACCUGGUAUUUGCCAACUGCAUCCCUUUGAUCCUAAAGUUCUUCAAUCAAAACAUCAUGUCCUACAUCACUGCCAAGAACAGCAUUUCUGUCCUGGAUUACCCUCACUGUGUGGUGCACGAGCUGCCGGAGCUGACUGCCGAGAGUCUGGAAGCGGGUGAUAAUAACCAAUUUUGCUGGAGGAACCUCUUUUCUUGUAUCAAUCUGCUUCGGAUUCUGAACAAGCUGACAAAAUGGAAGCAUUCAAGGACGAUGAUGCUGGUGGUGUUCAAGUCCGCCCCCAUCCUGAAGCGGGCCCUGAAGGUGAAGCAGGCCAUGAUGCAGCUCUACGUGCUCAAGCUGCUCAAGGUGCAGACUAAGUACCUGGGGCGGCAGUGGCGGAAGAGCAACAUGAAGACCAUGUCUGCCAUCUACCAGAAGGUGCGCCAUCGGCUCAACGACGACUGGGCGUACGGCAAUGAUCUUGAUGCCCGACCUUGGGAUUUCCAGGCAGAGGAGUGUGCCCUCCGUGCCAACAUUGAACGCUUCAACGCCCGGCGUUACGACCGGACCCACAGCAACCCUGACUUCCUGCCAGUGGACAACUGCCUGCAGAGUGUCCUAGGGCAGCGGGUAGACCUUCCCGAGGACUUCCAGAUGAACUAUGACCUCUGGUUAGAAAGGGAGGUCUUCUCUAAGCCCAUUUCCUGGGAAGAGCUGCUGCAAUGAGGCUCCUGGGCAGGGGACUGAAAAAGAAAGAAGGGGUGAUCUUGAGUUCCCCAGGGGCCACGCUGGUUCACUACUGCAGUGCUGCCACCUCCCUCCAGGUGGCAGCACAGCCCCACUGUGCCCUCCAUAGCCACCCGGCCUGUGGGUGCGUCCAGAUUUGGCCUCUUGUUGAUUCCCAGUGUCCUGCUCAGGAGCAGUCAUCCCUGCUUGGGAACCUUCUUUUACUCUUCCCGCCUCUUCUCUUGGACACGGUCAGUUGCAACUCACUUCCCGAUCAGCCCCAGGCUGGGGAGAGCUGGAAUGGAUGGGGAACCUACUGCACCUGAAUUUCAGGGUCACGCUGAUUUCCUCAAAUGUGCAGGUCCUCGGUGUAUCAGCUUGAGGAGCAUUGGCUGAGGAUUGGGGCCAGGGCCAGAAAGGUGACAUCUUGAUUUUGCUUUGAGGGGUUUCUGAUGUCAUUCCAGUCUGCUGCUGAAUUUCAUCCGGAAGCAAUUGCCGAGUCUCCUACAGCUGCCUCAGCACUUUGGUUUUUGCCAGGGUUGGGGUAGGAAGAGAAGCUUCCCUCAACCAGAGGUGUCAUUUUUCCUCUUGGUUUGCAAGGGUUUAUAAAUACCUAUAUAUAAUCUGUGUGUACUCUCGUGUCAUGCUGGGGUUUUUAAUGUGUUUGUGUAUUCUGUUUACAUUAAAAGGAAGCAAAAAUAA